AGACUUUCUCAAUUUCAAUUCAAAAACCGAGUAACAACGUUGCGUUCUUGGCUCUCCCGAGCAGAGACACUAAAUGACACAACGGUCGUCGCGUUAUCGGUUCUGAACGCGUUAAUAAUCCCGAAAAGGGAGGAAAAUAGUAGUGACAGCACUCGACAGGACGAGCGAAUUGAAAAGAAGGGCAACGGGGGGCGACAUAAGCUCGUAAAAUUUGAACGACGUGGUCCCAGCCACGAAGCGAAAUUGUGCCAUUUAACCGGUGGUGACGUUCUCGUUUCAGGAAAACCAUUUCCGGUUCGUAACUGCACGCUCGCGAACCAGACUUACACCAGCGUCGAGGUGAAAUGCGUGGCUAGCUACGAUGGCGGGCUUCCGCAAAAAUUCAUCCUCGAGGUGUACCACGGCGACGUGGAUUUCCUGUCGAGGAGCCAACCCCUCUACAACGUUUCGAACGCUGACGAGCCGAGUUUCUCCCUCACCGGAUUGGAGGCGUCCGUCGAGGCUGGCGUUCACGUCGCGGUCUACGCGAUGAACGCGAAAGGUCGUAGUCAACCAGUCAUUCUCAGCGAGGUCACCUAUCGCGACGCCGAGAAACGCACCGUCAACCGUCGGGGAAGAAAGGGAUAAGCAAUGUGACAGAAUGAGAAAUGGACUGUCAUGCGUAAGCUUAAUCGAACAGAAAGCGCGUUCACGGAGGAACGAAACGAUGUUCGGUAUGACCCUGAUCGAUAUAGUGACCGGCACCGACGUCAAGGAGAUUAACAAAGUGUUCGAGGAUGGUCGCCAGCAAGGUCGCUGCCUGGUUCCUGCGGGUUCCGCGCCGCCUUUGAAACGGAUGGUAGCUGUUCCCGUAGUGGGUGGUGUCAACGACGAGGUUAGUAAGCAAGACGAAUCGCCACCCUCGAGACAACACACUGAGACGAAUGCACCACACCCAUUACGUGUUCUUGUAUACGUCGUGCGCUACUUAGGCCCCCUCGCCGACUACAGUCCAAGAAAUCCUAAAUCCACGCCUCCUCUGGCAAACUCGAACUUUCUGAAAGCUCGC